AGAAAUUAUAUCAGGGUAAGGUGGAACUUGACAGCACUUCACUUCGAGAACAACAAAGCGUGCGUUUUCACAUUCUGCUGAAGCACAAGCAGCAAAAAUCGUACAACUAAAAAUGCCAACCGCCUUCGCGACCCGGGGCCGCAUCCAGGCCCCGACGCAGCUGAACAGCACUUCUCCACUAGAUCCCAUGCAGGCAAAACGGGCACUGAAUUUGAUCCAGUCACAGAAGCGGAAGCGGAAAGGCAGCAAUGGGUCAAGCCUCUACUCCUCUACCAUGUCAACCCGGGCGCCAAUCUAUGAGAGUCCACAACCCCCCCUCUCCCUCAUUUGUAUCGGAUAAGCAGCAAUACAAACACCAGCACACGUGGAGCCUGUGCGUGGCAAAUGCACGCGCCUAGUGUAGUACUGUUUGGGCUUCCGGAAUCUGUCAUGCCGAGAGUGCCACAAAGCAGCGCUUGGGUUUGGGGUUUCGCAUGACAAACGAGGGGGAGGGGAGUUGUGCACUCGCAUACGAUCGGGAUGAAUAGCAGCUCCUUCAACGACACAGACUACCAGGACAUGUCGAUCUAUGAGAACAGUUACAGCCAAAACGAAGACAACUUAAUUCACAACCCGAACUCUUCCACUUUUUCCCUUCUCGCGAACAGCACCGCUCUUCCUCCCUUGAAGAACAUCGGGAAAAAUUUCUACAAAUCCAGGUCGAAAAACAACAAUUUGGAUUCCUGGGAAAUCAUGAAUACGCGGGCAGCCCGGGCGAGUCAGAUCGAAAAGGAGAAAGAGGAGGAGAGGCAACGGAAGGAGAAAGAAGCGAAAAAGAAUAACCUAAAGCCGGUCCUUCCCUUCUACAAGAAAAACAAAAACAAAUCGCAACUAGACGCUUUUUUAACCGGUAUCGAUGCGGAGAUCGAGGGGCUGGAAAUGUUUGAAAACGGGGAUAAUACUAAACAGAAAUCGAAGCACUCGAAGGUUUUGAACCACAUGCUUGUGGAGCGGAGGAAAGCGGAGGAGUUGGUGAACGCGGCAGAAAUUUCGAAACAGAGAUUAUUCGCGAAAGAACCGCCGGAAUAUUUAUCCGAGCCGGGAAUGAGUGACGAUGGUGAUCCGGACAUCCACGAUUUACCAGCUAUCAAAUGCAAAUACGUCGGGGUCUGGAAACCUGUGAUGCUGAAAUGCGCAUGAGUGAAACGGUUGCAAUGGCAGCCAAGCAUGACAGGUUUUUUGAACGCUUUCUGAUGCCUAGCACGCAUUACGAAUUGUAUUUCUGCAUGACAAAGCAAGCUGCUCUUUUGCUGCUCGUGCAACACAGGUUUUUCAGGAAUGCAAGAUAUGCAUUACAAAGUCCAGCUUUCCAUUCCCAGACACAUUUGCAAUGCAUACCCGCGUUCAACACACGACAAGUGCCCGAUGACUUCCUCGAGCUGGAGAAAAACCCACCGAAGGACUUGAGUUACCCGGUCGGGUUAACCCACGAACCGAGUGUGAACGAAAUGGGUAUAUCAAAUGUAAAAAAGUCUUGGUCUGGAAAGUUGGAACUUGUAAUGCUAGCUUUCCAUUCCUGGGAAAUCUGUAUUGCGUAAGAACCGACAAAAGCCGCAGCCAUUUUUGUCAUGCAAAAACGCAGUUUCUCAUGCGGGCUGCCUAUGAGACAGAGCUCCGGAAAGUUGUCAUGCUGGUCUGCAUUCGGAAGUGUUUCCAUCAUGCACAUUUUAGCAUCACAAGUCUCCAGACCCAGACAUAUUUGCAUUUGAUAGAACAAGUUCGUUGACGAUCCGUUUCUCACCGUGGCGAAAAAGUGGAAGAUGGGUAUGGAUUGCAAAAAUGUCUGGGUCUGGAAGAAUGCCAGACUUGUGAUGCAGGUUUUGCAUGACGUGUGAGGUCUGUGAUGCAUGCCUCAGCAUCACAGAUUCUGUGAGACCUUUACUAUGCCUUUUCCGCAUGACAAACUGCCUCUACUCGGCCUUCUCAAAAGUGAACAGCUUUAUUCGUAAUCAUGCAACACAGAUUUUUGUAUGAUUCAGAUGUAGCAUGACAAGUUGCACUUUUCCAGACCCAGACAUUUUUACAGUUGAUAAUGGGAGAAGUAGAACAACAGUACGGAUGUAGUGCUUCUGCCGCGAGGAAAGCUUCGAAAUCUGGUACAACUUCUACGUCGAAUAAAGGCGGUAGUAGCAGUGGCACCGGUAGCAAUACAAGGUCGAGCUCGAAAGCUUCUGCGUCUAAUUCUUCCCGAAGAAGAAGCAAAUCCGACAGUUUGGUUACUGACAGUGUGAUGACAAACCAAUUAGACCAGGACAAUUCGAUCGACUAUGAUAAGGAGUUCUCCUUCCAACAGUCACUCAGCGGAUCCACCGCGGCGAUUAGGCGGAGCAACAGGGCACCUCCAGGGGGAUCUUCAAACAGAGCACCCCCUUUGCAGAGGAGUAAAUCGAAAUCGAGUUCUUCCUCAAGCACUAGCAAAUCUUCGAAAUCAUCAUCGUCGAAGCGGGCCAAGUAUGCACUGCAAGAGUAUCGUACUAGUAUAAAUCGCAUCACAAAUUUGGGAAGCAUGAAGUAGAAUUGAAUUUGCAAAAAUGCCGAUUCGCGUAAAAAGGUAGAUCUGUCAUGCAUGAUUUCGAUUAGUACGAGCGCGAUGCUUUUGCAGUGCAUACAAAGAUGACAGAUCUAGUGGAGGAAAACAACAACCUCGCUGCGAAUCUUGAGGACAUCUUUGAAGUCAGCGACCUCUGCGACGGAUACCGGCACAUGAGAGAACCUGGGCCGCCGGGUGGAGUAGAAGACGCUUUCGUCGACCAUUUCCCGAUGUCGCAUACGACAGACGAGGAGACCAUAGCGAGCACCGACCACCAGUCUAUGGCGAGCACCAUGGUGCCACCGACUGAGCACGAUCAUCCGAACUCGAGGUCAUCCGGCGGAAACCGAAGGAGUCCUCACGAUCUACCAUCAAGAAUACAGCAGAGGAGUAAAAAACCUUCAAAACCAAGUAAGCCAACGGCGGAAAACCUCUAUGAAGAAGAGCAGCAGAUCGUAGAGCCCGACGGGGGGCCUUCUAGAGGGAAGAAAAAGAAACCACAUGCACCGUCGGCGACGCAGCGCCAGCGGUUUCACGAGGUAUAAAAAAUCUUCUCUGCUUCCUCUCAUUCUGUGCAAUCACGAUCGAAUGAAGUCGUGCAUGACAAACCGCACAUUCUCACUUGAACAAACCCCCAAGAACAUCCACCUUUCUCUAUCAGGCCUGCCGUUUUGGCAACGUGAACGUCGUGCGCAUUCUCCUCCACGAGCUCACGCAACAUUUGAAAGUGGAGCAGUACGCCGAGGUCGCCUCAAAUUCUACUGCGAUCUUCUCCGGGAUUCAAGCGCAGAAGGCGUAUCAGGUGGUAGAAUUCCUGCUGAAAAACGGCUUCAACCCGAACGCGAGGAACCACGGCAUUGGGGAAACGCCCUUGAUCUACCUCAUAAAGCACAAAAUCUAUGCAUUGCAAAAGUGUCGUGCUUAUGUUGUACUGAUUGCGUCUGUGCAUGACAAACCAAUGUGCUCUUUGGUCUGUUUGCAUGACAAAUUUCACUUUUCCAUUUGAGCAUUAUGAAUAAAUUUGUGAUGCAGUAGUUUCUGCUAGAACGAUACAGAUACUUUUGCCAUGCACAAGAUCCGGCACGGAACGAACUCCGCCUGGGUGCAGGAAAAAGAUUCGGUUGGGUUGAUCAAACUCUUGGUGGAGUUCCGCGCAGAGGUCAACACUCGAGAAUCGGGAAUGCAGCGGACAGCGCUCUGGUGGGCCGCGAAAUAUAACAACAAGGUAUAGAAGUGACAUUGCUUUAUUCUGUCUCUGUCAUGCAUCUUUUCCUUUUGGUUUUGCAUAACACAGCUAUGAGUCUCGUUCGCACCAUGCAUUUUGUCUUCCAAGAACGCAUAAACACCAAAAUCAACCCAGCCCGCCGUGUCCCUCCUCCUCCAGCUCCGAGCAGAUCCGAGGAUCCCCGACAAAAAAACCGUGAUCCCCUCCGACUGCACGACGAAUCAAGACGUGGAUUUGGUUUUGCAAAGGGCAUUAACCCAGUGGAACACCAACCCAUACCUCAUCGAUAACCCGGAAAUUCAAAAACCAAACAUCAUCAGUUACGAGGAUGAUGAGAACGAAUUGACGAUCGACGACGACGAAAUAAACAACCCCGGGUCUUUGUUUAGCAAACAGCGAACUGCGGCUAUCGCUUCGGCUUUUGACGCGGAGGGGGAGCGGAUGCUACGGGAGAGGAAAAAUUUGAAGCAGCUGUGGGACAAGAAAGGGAUCAAGGUACUGCUACUGUGAUGCCGCAUAUGCAUGACAGAACGCGUUUCACAUGCAUGUCUAUGCAUGAGAGAUUUUCAAAAGCAACAAAUCACCUUACUAUCACAGAUCGUCGACUUCCCGGAGUCCGCGCCCAUUGGCAUCUUCAAAGUCGGCGACGAAGAAACCCUAUGCAUUGCAAAUAUGUCUGGGUCUGAAAGAUUGCCAGGUUUGUCAUGCAUAUUCUGCGUGACCCAUGACGCCUAUAAUGCAUGACCUAGCAUCAAAGAACUUUACGGGGCUUCCUGAUGCCCAUACCGCAUGAGAAAUGUCCCUUCCAUGUUGUAAAACCUGGACCUCUAUCGCUGUUCAUGCAGUACAGAUUUUAUGCACAAUCGAAAGACAGCAUCACAAGUUGAAUCCUUCCAGACCCAGACGUAUUUGCAGUUGAUAAACCCUCUGCACCGUGGAGAUCACGAAGGGAAAAUUUGUCGUGCGCGGCCCGACGGGCGAGGUGGUCGUGGAUAGGAGGACGAAGAACGUGCGCAAAGACGACGUCAGUCGUUUGCGGUCGUUGUCAAAUUUGAGUGACAACUUCUUGGAACUGUGA